ACUUGGGUAUAUACAGACACUGUGCUGAUUACCUCCUGUCACAAACUGACACCCAAACAUGUGCAUUAUUUGUAGGUCCGGAUGGCGAAGUCCGCACUCCGAUGGUCUCUCAGUAUGGUGACACUCCAUCAGCAUCAGGAACAUCAGUUCCUGACGAUUUUGAGCUGGUUCGAGCCAAUUUGUUGGAUAACUUAUUUAGAGAAUUUGAGAUAUGCGUUCACAAGAUCAAUAACACCAUAACAGAAUCGUGUCUGAUGUUCCCGGAUAGUGAUCUGCUGAAACAGAAAGGAUUGGUGUGGAAGGAGUUAAUGAAAUUGCUGCUUGUCGUUGACGAUGAGGAAAAAAAGGAUGGAGAUGAAGUGGAAAAGGGAGAUCAAAACGUUGAGGCAGAAAAGGAUGACGUGGCUGCGGCAGUUGAACCAGUUGAUCCGCAAAAAGAACUGGACAAAGUUGUUGAAAGGGUUCAAAGUGAAAUAACACCAGAGACAAAGUUCAACGUUUUAGGAAUUGAAACGGUGAACUUUUCAACAAGACUGGCCGAUGCAGCAACGGAUGAAAAACGUAAAGAAGUAACGGAGCCUGUUCAGCGUCAAAGAUCGCCGAGGCCGAAACGAACAAUCAAGCUUCCGACGGCACUGCGGUCACCGUACGUGCAACGACCUGUUAUGUUGAGAACCGUUCGUGAGAACGCUGAAGAAACACUUGCUCGAUGUAUAUUUUCUGUAGUAGGAAACGUAUGGUAA